AUGCCGGGCGGAGAAGCAGAUGAAAUUGGACCUUUCUAUCUAGUGGGAUCGAAUGCCCUGCCCUCCGACCGAUCCGAUUUUAGAAACAGUCUUCAAGAAGGCGAGACCUUUGAGACUGAUUUCAUUGGUGCCUCACUCGAAGAUUGUCAAGCCUGGGCACAAGAGGCACAGCGCCAGGUCCGAUUCAUCGAGUACGAUCUCAUCGCGAUUAUGGACGCUCGUAGCGCUCAAGACAAAACCGUUUUGAUGUCACACUAUGUACCUCCGGACCCCGGUACCCCUAUAAGAUUUCCGCCUUUUGGGGUCCUUCCACGCGAACGCGAUACCUGGUACAACUAUAGAGUGGAGUUCUCUUACGCCCCAUUUCUCCAGGUUGCCUUCUAUUUUAGUCCCAAAGAGCUCUUCUACCCUGCCUACUUUGGACGCAAAGAGGACUUUACAGACGAACGGGGAGUAUUCAAUGUCGCCGAAGCCGAGCUAUUUUCGGAUGAAUAUAGAGAGGAUGAUUAUUGGGUCGACCCUGCCCGGCUUUGA